UGGUAAAAGCUUUAGCAGCAUGUCACUGGUAUGACAGACAGCGGCUGGGUCGACGCUGCAGCUCGAUCGCAAAACGGCCCAAGGGUUGUGUGCUUUACGCCAAAACUCGAUCUCAGCACAGGGCAGGCUAGACUCGGGUCUCCAUUUUUAUUAUUACCCUGCAAUGUCUUCCUAGUUGCACCCAACUGAAGCCCUCCUGGCGCGUUCGCAAGCAGCAAGCCAUGGGCGCGUCGGAGUGCACUCUCGCACGCAACGGCUUCGCCUCACGGCAGCUUCUGCUCUUUCUCCCCCUCUUUCUCUUUCUAAACUCACAGGCAACGGCGACCCGCAAUUUCGCCCCUUCUGUGGCGGCAUGCAUAUACGACUUCGAGAUAGGGAGAUUCGAGCUGGAUCCCUUCUGGAGCACAGGUCGCUCGCUGGAGCCAUGGGACGCGUGGGCGCCAGCGGACGGCGCGCUAGCCAUGAACAACAACUGCGCCUACCUGCUCGACUCGCACUGCCAGAUCCACCUGUCCAACCCCUGCACCUCGUACAAGCGCUGCGAUUCUCCUCCGCUGUGGGCGGCAAACGUUGUCGUGACGCGCACGAUCAACUCCACAGUGAAACCCGUUCCCGCCAAGCCUCUUAGCGGCUCGGCCCUGGCAACGAAGCUUAGCAGCGCGGACGCGGGCGUGAAACCCGUGGUAGUGAGGAGCACCGUUAAUGUGCGAACGCUAAAGUCAGGAGCAACGGAGACGGUUAUCGAGGUGAUGGAGCUCGUACCCGCUUGGAUGGCCAAGGGCCGGGCUAAGGUGGCGGCAGGAAGCGGAUCGGGGAUGGGGAAUGGGCAAGGGGACAGAUACGGGAAAGAAAAGCGAGGCGGGUCGUUAUACGUGGGCAAUGAAGCGCGCGAGGACCGGGGUCUGUUGGAGAAGGGAGUGAGCGAUAGUGACUACGAUUAUGAUUACUAUGGCGGCGGGAAUGGUAACCCCAAGGCUGACGUGGACAUGACGUUAGAGGCGGAGCAGCCGAUUCUGCUCUCCGCUUAUUACGGCGCGGGGAGCGAUGGUGGGCCUUCGGCCCAGGCGGGAGGAGCCGCGGGAAACGCGCAAACAGGGAGGGUUGUCCGAAAGACACGGCGCGCGGUGCCAGGGGAGCACAGCGCUAGCGCAGCGGAUUACGGCGGAGCGGAUUACGGCGGAGAAGAUCGCGCGGUGGAUGGGUACGCGGGGGGGGACGACACGGGACUGGUGGCGGCGGAAGAUCCGCAAGCGGCGCAGGACCCGCCCAGCAAUACCUCCCCUGCUACUGAGCCCUACGGUAGAAAGGACAGUGGCGAUUCGAGAAGCGGCCAAGGCAAUGUAGAUGGCUCCCUUGGGAAUACCGGCGAGCUUCAGGAGGGUAAGCAGGGCGAGCAGGGCGAGCGGGAGGAGGAGUUUGGAGAUGUCAGCGAUGCCGCGACUGCCACUGCGCGUGCCUCGUCUACCUUCGCGCCCAACCCUCGUCGAAGUAGCAACCUAGGCACGGUGCAUCCCAGACCGACCUUCCGAGCGAAGCGCCCUGUGCUGGGGGGCAAGGGUCCUGUGGGCGCGUCCGUGAGUCCGUCUGUUGGUUCUUCGACUCCUCCCCGGACUCAAAACUCCGUCGCACCGCUCCGCAAGCAGCAGCAGCAGCAGCAAACAACCGCCGUGCCCUCGCCCUCACCCUCCCCACCCACUAGCACAUCCACCGACCCCGCAUCGUACCUCCCCAAACGCCUCCCCCCUAAAAACCCAGACGAUCCUUUGGGUAGCGAGCCCGAUUUCUCUGCUCCCUCCGCUCCCGCGUCGCCCGCACCUCCCGCUGCUACCCCCUCUCCUCGGGUAGACCCUCCGCGCUCGCCUUCCCCCGCGGUGCCGUCGUCCCCCGGACGCGCACCGGCGGGGCGAGGGGGGAAUUCCGCGGUGGUUCCUGAUCUGGGAAGCUCCGCUCCAGACCCGCAACGAGCGCUGUCAAACCCGCCGAAGACCGCGCCAAGCGCAACCUCCCCUAGGCGCAAUAGCCCGCAGGGCGCCCCGAGCAAUCCCCCCCGCCCCGCCACCACGACCCCCUCCCCUUCCGCCUCGCGCACCCCCGCUUCCCGCCCCCUCCCCGUCCCCGCUUCGCGCCGUCCCGCUAUGAUGCUGCGCAUUAGCGUUACAAGGGUGGUCGCAGCGGGAGUCACCGCGUACGAGUGCGAGCCCUUCCCCGCGUGCCUCUUCAAACCCCCCUCCUGCACAGCGAGCGCGCAAUCAGCCCCCGCGCAGGCUUCCGCGGCCUCCGCCGAGCUCCAGGCGGCCCAGGGCGCAGAAGCGGAGGGGGAGGCUCCCGCGGAGACGAGCGGAGAUGCGGGGGAUGGGGGGGAAAGGGGCCAGUUGACAGGCAGCAGCAGCAAGGGGGGAUCGCACGGUGCUGGCAGCGCGUGGUACGAUGAGGCAGGGUUGAUCGAGAGAGACGAGCGCGGUAAUCCCGGUGCGACAGCGGAGAUCCAGAGCGUUGACGGCACUGAUAGUAGCUCCACGGGGGCGGGGGAUGGGGAUGGCGAUGAUGGCGUGGAGUGGGUGUCGGUGUCACGGUCCCUUCCUCGUAUCGGCGAAGUUGAUAACACUGAUUACGGCAGCAGCAGUGGUGCAGAUGGUGCAGAUGGUGCAGAUGGUGCAGAUGGUGCAGAUGGUGCAGAUGGUGCAGAUGGUGCAGAUGGUGCAGAUGGUGCAGAUGGUGCAGAUGGUGCAGAUGGUGCAGAUGGUGCAGAUGGUGCAGAUGGUGCAGAUGGUGCAGAUGGUGCAGAUGGUGCAGAUGGUGCAGAUGGUGCAGAUGGUGCAGAUGGUGCAGAUGGUGCAGAUGGUGCAGAUGGUGCAGAUGGUGCAGAUGGUGCAGAUGGUGCAGAUGGUGCAGAUGGUAGUGAUGUUGGUGAUGCUGGUGGUGGACGCACCACCAGUGUAAGACGCAUUGGUGUUUCGGUUGCUGUCGCUUCCUCUGCGCUUUCCCCUUCUUCCGCUGCCGUGUCUGGUUCUCACAGCAGCCACGGGAAUAAUAACCACGACGACAACGACGACGACGAUGCUGAUGACGAGGAGGACAAUAGCGAGGACGAGUUCGGAUGGAGGGGCGAGAACGGCCUGGGGAUGAUCUCCUUCCUGGCCAAGAAGGGCACUGCCUUCCGCACUCGCCCCACCCCCCUUGCCCUCUCCCCGGACUCCCCCUCCCCCCCCUCCUCCUCGGCUGCUUCCGCCGCUCGCGGGGAAUACGGCGUGCAGGCUUCGUCUCUCGCCCCUCCCUCCGCCCCCCCCACCACGGCCGACAUCACCACCGGUGACCCCAUCGCCAGCACGACAGGCAAUGGCACCUCCAAUACCUCCUCCCCGCUGCUCUCGUCUGAUACUGACGGCGACACUGGAAGUGCGGAUGGGGGAGGGGACGAGGUAGGAGUGAAUGAGGGAGGAGGGGAGGGUGCGGAGACGGGGGAGAGCGAGAAUGGCGGCGAUAGCUCGCCCGUUGUUGACCAGUCCGACCCAUCCACCCUUCAAGAAGACCCGGCCUCGUCCGACCCUCUUGCUGGCUACGACUCUGACCCCCCCCAGUUGAAAGCUGAAUCUGAUUUCAACUCUACCCGUGAUGCAGAUUCUGAUUCUGUCACUGGCUCUGACUCUGGCAGUGACACUAACGCGGGCCCCUCCACUGACUCGGACCCCCUCUCAGAUUACACCACCAAGGAUGCUGACUCACAGGCUGACUCACAGACUGACUCGGAUGCUGACUCACAGGCUGCUUUAGGCACUGAGCAGCCUUACAAUGCUGACGAUGCUGACUCUACCGCGUACAGCCCUUCUAACCCUGACAGUCCACCUUAUGGUGGCAGCCCUCCGGACGGGUCUUCACCAACUGGCGACUCUCAAACUGAUGCUGACGCCGGCACUGAUACCGAUAGCUCACCUCACACUGAUACCUCUGAUGGUGCUGGUGGUACUGAUGAUACGACCGAUACCAAUGAGACUCAUGCUGCUGACGAAAGUGGUGAUACUGGUGGGGAGGCAUCACCAUCACCAUCACUCCCCUCCUCCUCCUCCUCCUCCUCCCCCACCUCCCCCUCCUCCGCUUCCCCUCGCCUACCGACCCCUCGCCCCUCCCCCUCUCCGCCUGCCACCAGCCCUUCUCAGAAAAGCAGCAGCGGCGGCAAUGGCGGCAGCAGCAGCGGUGGUGGCAGUACCAGCGGGUUUACGCCCAGACCUGCAGAUGCAACUGAGAGGCUUCAAAGCGACAGAAGCAGCAGCAGCAGCACCAGCAGCAGCAGCAGCAGCAGCAGCAGGAUUCAAAGCAGUAUGACCGAUGAGGGCACCAGUAGCGGCGCGUACAAGUCCCGAAUGAAGGCCCGGAAGGGCAACCCCAGCGCACCAGGCCCCGACAAUAUCGGCAAAGGAUCGCAACCCAAGCCCCCGCCUUCCUCCUCCUCUCCCUCUCCCAGUCGCAGCAGCGGCAGCGGCAGCAGUGGAGGCAACAAGAUGCAAGCCAAGCGGCCCAAGCCGUCCCCAUCGUCGUCCUCCUCCCCCUCCCGCUCCUCCUCUUCCCCCCGCCCCGGCAACAGCAUGCAGCCAUCCUCGGGGAGAACCCCCGACCUGCCCUUUAAGUUUGCGCGCGGGCAGAAGUACCUCGUGCCCACUCCGCAAACGCCCCCCGAGAGGCAGUUCUCGGUGAAGCGGUACGGAGCGGUGGGGGACGGUGUGCACGACGACACGCGCGCGUUCAAGGCGGCGUUUGUGGCGGCUUGCAAGCUGGGGCGGCUGACCACGCACCCCACGGCCGUGCUGGUGCCCAGCGGGCGGUACAACGUCGGGUACUUGCGAUUUGUGGGGCCCUGCGGGUCCCGACUAGUGUUCCAGCUGGACGGCACGAUCCUGGGUCCGCACGACCCGCUGCACCCGCCGGUGCAGCUGGGCGUGGUGCACUUCUUUGGCGUGCAUGGGCUCAUGGUGUCGGGUCGUGGCACCAUCGACGGCCGCGCGCAGCGCUGGUGGCAGCUGUGGAACGAGCACCGCCUGCCGUCGUCGCUCAAGCGCCCCUACCUGCUCGUGGCCGACACGUGCCACAACUCGGUGGUGCAGGGGAUCACUCUGCGCAACCCCGGCACGAUCCACCUGGAGAUAGCGUCGAGCAACUUCGUGAAGGUGGUGAAUGUGACCACGGACAGCCCGUCCGAGAGCCCCAACACCGACUCCAUCCACAUCACACGCUCUACACAAGUGGCCGUGCAGCGCUGCACGCUGCAUGGAGGUGACGACAACAUAGUGAUUGAGGACGGCACAUCGCAUGUGCUCAUCUCCGACACGUGGUGUGUGGCCGGCCAUGGCAUCAGCAUCGGCAGUCUGGGCGACCACGGCGACACGGCGUGCGUGUCCAACAUCACAGUGUCGCGUGUGGUGCUAAAGGCGCUCUCCAACGGGCUGCGCAUCAAAACCUACCAGGGUGGGUCGGGCAGCGUGCGCGACGUCACGUACCGCAACGUCUUCAUGGUGGACGUGGAGCGCCCCAUCGUCAUCGACCAGAGCUACUGCGACAAGCGCCACGUGGACGGCAAGUGCGGAGAGGGUUCCUCCAAGGCUGUAGCAGUAUCGGGGGUGUCGUACAGCAAGAUAGUGGGCACGACCAACUCGUCGGAUCCCAUCGGGAUCAUCCUCAACUGCUCGUCAUCGGUGCCCUGCCGCAGCAUCACACUGCAGGACAUUGACCUGCGCUCCUCGUCGUCGCGCUCGCGCCCACUCGUGCCGCAAGUGAGCAACGUGUUUGGCAUGGUGAAGAACGUGCGCGCGCCACUGCUGCUCGCAGGGAAGGUCAAGAACGGGCCCGUGCCUGCGCGCGGGGCAGCCAUGGCGCAGCAGAUGGGCGCGCUGUGCAGGCGUGGGGUGUACCGUACGUGACAGAACGAGCAAGCGAACAGAAACGCUGAACAGCCUCCACAAACCACACAUGCAAGAUUGGCAUGCACCGCAGCAAGUGGGUGGCAGCAAGUGGGCGGCAGCUGGGUUGCAGCAAGUGGGUGGCAGCAAGUGGGUGGCAGCAAGUGGGUGGCAGCAAGGGCGUCUGGUCCGACGUGUUGUGGAUCCGCUGCUGGGGAGGCAGCAGCAGCAGCUCAGUGGCUGUAGCAACCACAAGUAGCACCCUGGGAUGCGGCAAGCACAAAUGUAGAAAUCACAGCUCCGUGUGUGGGUGCACGCACUGCCGUAAGUGCACCACCAGAGCAGGAGCGGAGGUGACUACUGAAUCGACUCCACAACCACCACGAGGUGAUGAAUGAUAUACUGGAGGGGAAGCCUUUUAGCCUGCUGGAUUAUACCAGCAGUCGCACAGACAGUGGCACCGCACAAGUGAAUGUCUGGAGCAUAGGACAGGCAGGGCUGUGUUGCCUUCAGCAUAACGAGGUGCUGGGUUGCGGUACUUGACUGCUAACCCAGCAGUAGCUGACCAUACGGAGCCUCUCUAGGCUUGCUUGCGUCCGUGAGGAAGGAGCCAUACUACACCACCUGCCGGGCUAAUUCAGUUUGACCAUGUGCUUCUUUCAUGAAGCAGUGAUAAGGGUUAUGUACUAGACACUGUGUGCAGUGUGCAUGUGGUGCUCUUCGGAAUCUACCAGUUUAAAACUAUUUAUA